AUGAAGACUUUACUUUGCCGUCAUGGUAGGCACACAGAAAUCGGUUACGAUCCAGGGAUUCAGAACCCGAGUAUCGGCGAUGAGUUUCGGCGAGCAAGCGGGCUCGCAAUCGUCCUCACUGUGCUAUCAUUUGAAGACAAAAGAGAAAAAGUAUAUAAAGAAUUAUUGGAAAUUUAUGGGACGGUAACUCCAAAAUCUGCCCGAAUUAAAUAUGAAGAUUUGCAACAUAUGAAUUACUUGGAUCGUUUCAUCAAAGAAACUAUGAGACUAUUUCCUGCUGCUCCUCUUAUUGGACGACAUCUAACAGAGGAUGUAAAAAUGGGGGAAUUUAUUUUACCAAAAGGCGUUGAAAUUGUAGUGCCAAUACUAAGUGUUCACCGAAAUGAAAAGUAUUGGCAUAAUCCAUUGAUAUUUGAUCCGGACAGAUUUCUCCCUGAAAAAAUAGGAACAGCUUACAACAAUUAUUACAUGCCAUUUUUUUUAGGACCCAGAAAUUGUAUCGGUAUGAAAUAUGCGAUGAUUUUAAUAAAAGUUGUCUUAGCUACUUUGAUACGAACAUUUAUAUUCAAAGUAGAUAAACGCAUUCAGAUAGAUGAAAUUAAAUUAAAUAUGGACGUAACAUUAUCUUCUGUUGAACCUAUAGAAGUUAAAAUUGAGAAACGAGAAUUACGUUAA